UCAGGUUGCGGAUAGAGGAACGGCCUGCAGAUAUGCAGGUUAGCCGCGAAAUAAGCAGUCCAUUAAUUUGGACUGACGAAUAAGCGGUCGCGGACAGCGAGCCGCCCAAACGCUUGUUAAUCCUGUAGAUAUACAGGAUAGCCGUGAAAUAAGCCUUUAUAAGGACGAAUAAGCGGUAGCGUUUGGGUGCGAACGGAGUUAAACGGCAACGCAACCAGUGAAGUUAGCCGCUCACUGGCCGGAGGGACUGGCUAUGAGGGCAGCCCCCUCAAAUCAUAUCACAUUUAUGAAAAUGGAAUCGAAAGGAGUAAAUGUUACUGCAUCAGGGGAUUCGGAUGCCCCAGUGCCGGCGGUUGGUGGGGGGCGUACCCACCAGGUGUCGUCAUCAAUCGAAUACGCACCAAAUGCAGGAGUGUUGAGGCAGGCUCCUGCAGCCAACCACGGGGUUGGUACUGCAACUGCAGGGAGUGGUGGUGACCAAGCCACUCCCACCGGUGAAAUAGCCGGGAGGUCAUUGGCAACGGUAUGUUUGGAUUCUGGUACGAUAUUGACGACGGCCAACUCCCUAGAUGCGUCUCCUAAAAUCUCUAUAUUGGAGAGAUUGCGGUGCGCAUCUAAGGGUGGUUCGACAAGGGUGGGACAAGGGUGGGUCACCCCAUAUUCUUGCAUGUCCAAUAAACGAAAGCUCACUACGAAUACCGAAUACUAUGCGACAAAAAAAAUGAAGCAGACGACUGACGACGACAUCGAUAAACCCAACGGAUUGGUCUUGAAAGUCUGGAAGCUCAACGAGACACCAACGUUUUCCCUCGAUACGAAAACAUCGCCUCGAGUAUACAGUUCGAAUAACGCGAGCACAACAACUGAAUCAAUCGACAUAGACUCGGCCGAGAGCGAUAACGAUGGUCCUUCCUUAUACGACGUGCCGCCGCGAGAUUUGAACGAGAAAAUGAAGAACCCGCCCUCGUACGAUUCAUUUCUCACUGCGACGACGUGGUACAGCGGCGACACAAUCAACGCGUAUUUAAGUUUGAUUGCAUCGCGUUCGCAAGGCAAAGUGCACUACCUGAUCACCGAUUUUAUGAAGGCACUUUCCCGACGCGGAUACGCUGGCGUGAAAAGAUGGAUCAAAAUCGAUAUACACUCUUUAAAACUCCUGUUGGUGCCCAUGCACGUAAACGACAACCAUUGGACCAUGACUGUAGUCGAUGUACCCGAAAAGACGAUAACGUUUUUCGACAGUCUCAACUCCUACAAUGGCCCUUACCCGUCGUUAUUUAGACAAUUUCUAAUCGAAUGGGAGAUCGAAAACUACGGAUAUUCUUCCCAAUGGACUUUACGGUACGGAAAAGCUGUGCAACAACGCAACGGUUAUGAUUGCGGACCGUUAUCUUUGGAGUUGGCCGAGAAGAUGUCCAGAGACGACGGCACGCCGAUCAACCCGCUCGCAAUGCCUUAUGUCCGGUUGAGGCAUAAGUACGAACUAGAAGCCGGCACAUUAUUCCAAUUUUGA